AUGGACAGAGGUAAACUAUAUGGUAGAGGAGAUCCUAAAGCUAGUGAUUGGAGGAAGCCUAGUGGGGGAGACUGCAGUGCUUUUGUCAGGUGCUACAUUUGUGGCGAGAUUGGACAUCGUAAGAAUGAUUGCAAGCUUGACCAGAAGAAGUGUUUCAAGUGUGAUAAAGUGGGCCAUGUUGCAGCUGAUUGUAAGAAGAAGACGGUGUUAUUUCCUGAAGCUGUUAGCGCUGAAGAUCUAAACAUGACUGCUAGACAGGUGAAUGAGGCUAUCGGAGAUGGUGCAACAGUGUUCAUGUUAAUUGCACUGAUGGACUUGAAGGAGAAAGCGCGCUUCGAAAGAGUAUCCAGGAAGAAGGACACUGUAGUGGAUUAA